AUGAUGAGAACCUUCCUUCUCGCGGCUCUAAUCUACACGGUCGCGCCGGUCGCGGCCGACUUCCUCGGACCGCGAUACCCGAUUCCGAUCGACGUUACUAGCAACAAGAGCGCGGUGGCGGCCUAUUGGCACAAAAUUACAUCGGGGCUGGAGACACUCCUCAAACACGACAACGGUUACACCUCUCGGGAGCGGGAGCUAAACAAUACCAGCUUUUCCCUCGGUUUCUUCUCUGCUCGCGAUGGUCAAAUGGACUUGCUCGAGUUCCACCACACAGCGAGAGGUGUAGCGAACGGAACCCGGGGGGCGCGAAAGGUGGACGGAAACACUAUUUACCGAAUAAACUCUCUGACCCAGCUCAUGACCAUGUACGCUGGCCUGCUCACGAUCAAGAGCGAAGACUGGGAUCGACCGUUGCUGGAGUUGAUGCCGGAGCUCCAAAACAACCAAACCUAUUCAGCAAUUCGACGGAAGGCACACUCAAAAGUCGAUGCAACCAAUGCCGUUCCGUGGGGACAUAUUUCGCUCCGAGCCGUGGUCGGAUACUUGAGCGGCAUCCCCCGAGACGCCGUUGGUCAGGGCAAUCGCCCAUUCGUAGGCACCGAGGACCUUUUCGGACAUCCCGAGGACCCCUGGGCACCACCUUUUUACGCUACGGAAAGGGGACUGCCGAGUAUCUAUCUCAACGACAGCAGAGACCCUGCACGACCAGUCUAUGUCGAUCUGGUGAACACGAUCCGUUCAAAGACGAAUACACCAUGGGGCAGCUACCUGUUGGGGCUUGCCAACCGAAGCCCUACCUUUCUGCCUUGGGCUAGCCCGGCGGUCAGCAACAACGGCUACGUGAUCCUCGGCGAAGUGAUCCGCAAGACAACGGGAAGCGAGACGGAGACGACGCUGCUCAAAAACGUAUUCCAUCCGCUUGGGAUGACCAAUUCGACCACCUUCCGAGUCAAGGACGAGUCCGAAGCCCUCAUUCCAGCCGGCGAGAACGUCUACAAGGACUUUUCCUCGAACCUCCAUAUAUCGAGUCCUGCAUUCGGUGGCUACUCGACACUUCGUGAUCUCGCGAGGCUCGGCGUUGGAAUACUGAACCACACGCUGCUAUCGGCCGAGGAGACACGCCGGUGGAUGAAACCCCUGUCGCACACGGAUCGCGUCUGGGUCUCGCUCGGUGCGCCGUGGGAGAUUAUGCGUCAUGUCGACACCGGCUCAAAUAUUGUGACGGACGUCUAUUGCAAGGCGGGCAACUCGCUUGCUUACAGCAGCUUCUUCUGCCUCCUGCCCGACUACGAUGUCGGUUUCACCGUUCUGAGCGCAAGCACGACGAAGUCGCGCCUCCGGCUUACGGGGAUGCUAGCUGAUACCAUCCUCGACAACCUUGUACCGGGGCUUCUCGCUCAGGGGGCUGCCGAGGCCAAGGAUAGGUUCGCGGGCACUUACACGACGAAGGCAAUGGGCUCCCAAGUUUCGCUAAAGAUAUCCGUGAAUCAAACGGUCGGGGCACCGCCAGGGCUGAUCCUGUCCAACUUUACCUAUAACGGCACCGACCUGCUGGCGAACGGGCUUCUUCCCAACCGGCUCGUGCCCACAAUCGCCGACACCAAGAACGGCAAGUUUGCUUUUCGGUUGGUUCGUCAGGAGGGCUUUCCUUUGGGAGCAGUAGGACGGUUCGCCGAUUGGGAAUCCCUGAGCUGGGCCGAGGUCGGGCGGAGGACGUACGCCAACGCCGACCUCGACCUGUUCGUAUUCGACGUCGACAAGAAGGGGGGCGCGACGGCCGUAUGCCCGGUGGCAUUCAGGGUUCACAUGGAACGAAAUCACAAAGCCUGA